AAGAUGAUUUUCUUACAAAACCAACUGGCUGUAUUCCUGACUUUGUUUCUCCUGAGUCAAGCUUCGGCUCAGAAGCGAGACAAUUCACCUAGUCUGUGGGGCAAAGUGGCUGACUUAACCACCGGGCAGAGCCACUGGAAAUUAAAGCCUGAAGUCUCCAUCCCCGCUCUGCAGGAACUCACCGUCUGUGUCAAUGUAAAUCUGAAGGCCCAGGGUUUCUCAUCAUGGACAAUCUUCAUGUACCGUCAUCCUAAAUUUCAGUAUGCAGAGCUUGGCAUGGGUGGAAAACAAGGACGCUUAGUGGUUUGGCUGUUUGGAGAGGAAUGGACGACCCCACUGAUUCCCCUCCUGUCUAAAGAGUGGUACAUUCUCUGCCUCACCUGGUCCCAUACGAAGGAUAGGCCUGCCCUCUACCUUAAUGGGAACUUGAUGAACAUCACAGCAGCUCAUUCAAAAACCCCUCCUCUCAAUCCAACGAUGUGCUGCCAACUGGCUCCCAAUGGGUCGCUCACUUUGGGCGUGGGACACAAAAUCUCUGACGGGACCAUCACGAUCCUUCCUUACAGCGGCAUGCUGGGAAAAAUCUCCCUGUUUAGAAUGUGGGGAAGAGAGCGCAACGACGAGGAAGUGACAUCACUGAGCUGUACAGAAGGCGAUGUGGUGAAAUGGGUGUGGGACAACUGGGACACGGAGUACAGUGUCCCAGUCUGUGACAUAACCUUACAGUGUGAAUGGUCUUUUUAUGAGGUCAUCGUCCAGUUUGUGAUCAUGCGUUACGACAAAAACACCACCGAGCUCUACCAGGCCAGAGACAUUGCGCAUCGCUGGCUCAGAAAGGUUUUACCAUCUGACAUCUAUUUGCACAGAGUGUCUGUGUUUGAAGCAACCAGAUCCGAUAGAAAGGAACACAUAAAAACCCCACCUGAAGACGGGCUGGCACGGUGGGCUCCAGAAAAUAUAUCCAGGUUCUACUGCCUGGUUUACAUGAAUGUCAUCCCUAAGUUGGAUGUUGCAGCUGUGCAAAAAGAAAUGUACGCCGACCUUUCACACGUCUACACUGACCUCAGAGAUCUGCUGCUGCUAGCUGACGUCAGCACCAUCUACACCACCCCUGUUGAGAGUUUCUCCAUGACAACCACCAGCCCUCAGAGUGCCACAGCAACAUCCAACUCUGUCUCAACCUCCACCUUUAACACCGCUUCAAGCUCUACGUUCACCCAACUAACAACACUGAAAACAACUACUACAACUUUUACUACCAGAGGAGUGACAACCUACACCAUUACCAGAACCCCUGCAAAUGUCUCUGGUCCCUCUGAACUUUAUUUCGAAGUCAAGGUGAAUGUCUCUAUAACAGGACACUGCGACCCACAGGCGAUCCUCCCUAACUGGCUUAACAUGAGUCUCCCUGAUGACUUAAUGAUGGUGCUGGACCUGCAGCUGCUUCCCCAUACAGAGAGGUGUGCUAUGCAAGGAUGCUGA